CACCGGGAGCAUUAGAUCCGGCAUCCGUCCCAAAGCAGCGGCGCAGCGAGGGUAACGUGGAGGCGCAUUCCCGGUGGGGGCUGAGCCGAGGGCCGGUCGUGUGAUUGUUGUCUCCGUGUCGCCACAGUGUGCGGGGCAGGCUACGGGAGGAAUGUGCUGACACGGGGAAGAGAAGCUGGGAGGGGAUGGAAAGCUACAGCGUGGCUGCAAGAAGCCGGCUAUGGCAGCUGUGGAAACUGUUCAUUAUGGAGCGCUGUUAGUGUAUCUCAGAGCAAGUUGCUGGGUAAACAACUCGUAUUUAACUGCUUACAAUAUCACGCAUCAGCACGUCCGAACCGCAGGGUCUUCGCGUACAUCUUAUAUAAACUCUUAACAAUAAAAAUCAAAUGUUUCAAAGCGGAUAAGCUCACGGUUCGCUUGCGCUAGUAAACACCGCGGGUAGCGGCAAUGUUACGGUAACUAUGGAAACGGCUGGCGGGUCCAAUAGCGAGCGCGGUGGGGUGAGGUCCCGCCCCUCCCUCUCCAUAGAGACAGGAAGCCAUCUUGCAGCAGUUCGCCGUCAGAGCGUGAGGAUGAGCGGCUCCAAACCCCGAACUGAACCGAAUCUGGACCCGGGACUUGCCCCGGAGCCGGGCAGCCGAGCCGACCAGGUCCCCACCGCUGCCGCCCGGGAGCGAAAAACCGGCGGCGGAGUCCUCAAGCGGCUCAAAUCACGGCGAAACCCCACGGCCGUGGCGGCAGACAGGCGGCUGGUAACGGAGGAAGAGCUGAGGGCACUGGGACGAGACAUCACCCCCGACGAGGUGCUGGGGCUCCGGGCCGUCACCCGCGAUUAUUUAUGUAAGCCGGAGGACAACAUUUACAACAUUGACUUCACCCGGUUUAAGAUCCGAGAUUUGGAAUCGGGGACGGUCCUGUUUGAAAUUGCCAAGCCUCCCAGUUCAGAUCUGGAGGAGGAGGAUGAGGAGGAGAAUGGAGACGCAGACUCGAGUGCCGGACGAUUUGUUCGCUACCAGUUCACCCCCGCCUUCCUGAGGCUGCGGACCGUCGGGGCCACGGUGGAGUUCACUGUGGGAGACCGGCCUGUAAACAGCUUCCGGAUGAUUGAGCGUCACUAUUUCCGGGAGCACCUGCUGAAGAACUUUGACUUUGACUUCGGAUUCUGCAUUCCCAACAGCCGCAACACCUGCGAACACAUCUACGAGUUCCCACAGCUCCCAGAGGACCAGAUUCGCCUGAUGGUGGAGCACCCUUAUGAGACUAGAUCGGACAGCUUCUACUUCGUGGAUAACAAACUGAUAAUGCACAACAAGGCAGACUACGCUUACAACGGGGGCCAGUAGUCAGGGCUGGCUACAAGCAUAGUGGCUCUUCCAACAACCUGUGCCCUUCAACCAGUCUCCAAUAUAAACAAGCUCCCAACCUCCACACAAGCCAUUCCAGAUGGCUCUCCCACUGACAACCUUGAGGACUCCCUCACCCCACCCUCCCUCGCCCCUGAUUCUGCAGGAAGCCUGGUGUCAGCCUCCCUGUCCCUCCCUCUCCCCCAAAAAAGGACCCAGGAUCGUGGUUCUUCAGUGGCACGUCUGGAAAUGAUCUAAACCAGCAGCGUCCGAGCAGUAGCAGUGAGCACACAGCAGCCCCCUCUGUCAGCAAGUACCAGACACGGUCCCGGGGGAUCUGGGUUCACCUUUUAAGAGACAGUUUAGAGAAGCCCUUGGUUGUACAGUCAUGGUUUUGCAGUUAAUCAGUUACCAGACGUGUGAUUGUAGAAGUUUAUUCAGCUGCGAUGGCGCAGUCCCUGUUAGCCAUGUGUGAAAUGAAGGAGCUUUGGCAUUUCCUAUAGCCCUCUGAGUCUGUCUACAUCCAAGAGGAAGAGGAAGUUGUUAUUAAAAUCAGCUGUGGUAAUGAAUCGUCAUGAUGAAUCUCAGUAUGGCUCGGUCUACCUGCUGGAAUCCAUCACUAAAGCACCCUCUUAACAGAUGUUUUUUUCUUCCCCUCCACAAGCACUACCCGGUUUUACUGACUGGAUGACAGCCUGAAGAGUUAGAAGGUCAAGCAGCUCACUGCCGCCCAAUCCCUGGCUCUCACUUUUUUGGUCCGACUGCCUCCUCUGUCGCUUCACUCUGCCUGUUGUGAGUGAAUGAGAUGAGAAGAUCCACUCCCUCUGCCUGGGUUUUCAUGCUAACUCAAUGCCAUUUAAACAGCCACUACUACUUACAAAACAUUGUUUUCUUUUCAUUUCUAGCAGCUGCCAUAAGCAGUGUUUCACAAGCCGCAGCAGUACCUGAACACUGCAUUCUCUCAGCCUGGGACUGUGAGGAGGGGUGUAAGGGUGAUGGGGCCCGUCCACCUAGGAAAAGCAGCUGCAGUCUAACUACAGUGGAAUUGAUAAGAGAGUAACACAUGUUGAUGGACUGCAGUUUAAUAUUUCAAAAAGAGGCGCAGUGCAUUUACACUGUGGUCCUUGCCACGUUAGGCUGCAGCUGUGAUUUUAUAGUUGCUCUCGGCAGCUCGUUUUCCUGUUUCUUGUAAUAAUUUUGAAGAAAUUGAAGUUUGUUCCUUGUAUGAACUUUUAAACUGGAAAAUCUUGUGCUUUUUCAGUUUUCUGAUUGCAGACUUUUCUUUUGUCUGUGUUUACAUUCGGUGUUGAUGAGGUUAUUUCCUAUUCGCUGAAUACAAUGGAGAUGUCUUGACAGCAAGCACUGACACUGCAAUGUCAAUUUUCCAUUUGCGGUGGUCUGGGUUACGUGGGAGAGGUGGGUGCUACAGUGAGCCAGCAUUAAUGUAACCCUUUGGAGCCCACUGCCCUAUUUUCAUGAAAAUAAUUUUGCAGUUAGUGGCUGAAUGUUCACAUUCCCCUCCACAGCACAGCUGCUCCAUGUGAAAAUUACACUUGUUACACCUGUAAGUCAUUGAUAUCAGACUAACGGCGAGAUAGGUCUGCACUAAAACACACGAUGUUGGGAUUGCCAUUAGUUUAGGUAUUGAUUACCUGCUUAUCCAGGGUAACAAAUGUUCAAUUCUCACAGCUGUGUCAACUGUGCACACACGUGUACACACAUAUGCACACACACACACACACGCACGCCAGGUGCUGGUAAGCUGUUGAGAGGCAGCCUUCUGCCCCUGACAUAAAGAGCACUUUCAGUCUUGUUAAUGAUAAGCUUUAAACUGUGCGGGACCCUGCUCUAGUGCACGGGACAGAUUCACUGUGGCCUCUCCUGUCUCUGGAUUGACAGCACUGCGCUUGUGUAGCUGCUGUCACUGCUCGCUCCCUGCUGGUUACCUGUGCGUUAGCGGCAGCACAGAAACCGGGGGUUCUCAAUAUAUCCAUUUUGUAUCGUGAGCCGCAUGGAUAUAAAGAUGAGGCAGAAAAAAAAAAUGAAAUAUCAUUUUUAUAUUUAGAAAUUCCACAUGCCCAUAUGCAGCGGGGACUUUAAAUUGAAGACAAAAGAAAGCACCGUGUAGGUCUCCAUGCAGACCACUUUCAUUUGAACAAGCUGGAAGUGGGAGUGUUAUUACCUCUUAACACCAUGGAGAGUUUGACCACAAGCCAUUGAGCUUGUGUGAAAGUAGAGCAGCUUAUCCAAUAGCGGUUGCAGGAAUGAACCUGUCCACACUCCCCAGCAUGGGGGAGGACAGAGCCCCUACUCUGCAUAUAAGGCUACCAUAUGUAAAUAUCUUCAAGAAGUCAGACAGGCCCAAGUGCAUGCUCUGUUAGUUCAAAGACCAAAUGCCUAAACCAACAUUGUGAAGGUGCUGUCAUAAUUUGUAUCAUUAUUUUUUGUUAGUUUUUUUUUAAACCUUAGGAGCCCCCUGUCUGCUGUGAAUAGCAUAUGGAUUUAGGAAGGCUUCUAAUGUCUACGUUUAGUUAUUUUAUAUCUGUGCUCGUUCCAUACUUAGAACACGUGCAAGCUGGGAUUACAGGAAUGCCCGUUUUAAUUUGUGGACAGGACGGUGGUUCUUCACAGUAAAUAAUGGCAAGGCUAGAAUGUUUAGAACUGUACUGGAGAGAUGUGUUGCCUGUCUGGGGUCCCUAAACAGUAGUUCAGUAACUAUUGAGCCUCCCCAUCACCUGUGUAAACAGCAGGGUGCUGCCCUCGAUCCUGGUCCUUUUCUACUGAAACACUCUGUUUCUAAGUAUCUUGUGGAACUCAUGGACCAUACAUAGUCUGUGCAAAGUGCAUUUAUUUUUUCAUGUGAUUCUCAAAAGAAAGAAAAAUUUGAGAAAGUUUUCUCAUAUAUUUUUGGCAGAAUGCUUUAGGAAAGGAUCGUUUGAUGUUAUUUUGAGUAAAGCCUCAAGUGUUUUUUUUUUUUAAGAACGUGGAAUUAUAUUAAGUCACCGUUGUGUCUGGUCCUUUUGGGGUUAAAAAAAAGUUCUGUAUUUUGUAACAUUCUUGUCGGUUCAUGUUUUAGAUGUUUGUAUAAAAUGUUAUUUUGUCACAAGAACAGUAAUAAAGAGAACUUUUGAUUUUCA